AAUUACAAAGCGCCAAAUACUUUCUGAUAUUGCGAAACUAUUUGAUCCUUUAGGUCUUUUGAGUCCAGUUGUAGUGGUGGCAAAAUUGAUACUACAACAAAUAUGGAAAGAAAAAAUCGACUGGGAUCAAGCCGUUACAGGAGAAACCAUGCGAUCCUGGGUACAUUUAAGAAAUCAAAUGAAAUUAUUGAAUGAAAUAAAUCUUCCCAGAUACGCAUUAUUACCUGAUGCAAAAGAAAUAGAAUUACACGGAUACUCAGAUGCAUCCAUGAGAGCCUAUGGCGCUGUGGUAUAUGUAAAAUCAGUAGACAAAUCGGGAAAUAUUAAAAUAAAUCUAUUAGCUUCCAAAUCGAAAGUCGCCCCAUUAAAAAUUCAGACGUUACCUCGAUUAGAACUAUGUGCUGCGGUACUGUUAGUAAAAUUAAUGGAAAAAGUAUCAAAAGCACUUAAUCUAAAAGACAAGCAUAUUUAUUAUACGGAUUCAACAAUCGUCCUUAGUUGGCUACAAUUAGAUCCUGCAAAAUUGCAAAUAUUUGUGUCGAAUAGGGUAAACUUUAUUCAGGUGCAAACCAAAGGGCGGCAAUGGAGACAUAUUGACACAAAAUCAAACCCAGCUGAUUUAAUAACAAGAGGGUUAUAUCCAGAAGAAAUAAUUAAUAAUAGUCUGUGGUUUAAUGGACCAAUGCACUUAGCUAACAUGGAGUCAUACAGAAAAAAAAUUGUCACAAAGCCUUUAACAUCGCUUCCAGAUAUAAAGAAAACUGCUAUAACAGCAGGUGUUUUGGUAAGGAAUUGCUCUUUAAUUGAUUCAAUUGACCACAAAAAUAAUUUUGAAUUCUUAUUAAAUGUGGUUGCUUUGCUUAUCAAAUUUAAAGAUAUUACAUUAAAGCGUCCUAAGAAAGAACUCGAAAUUCAGAAUCACUUAUAUUAUCGAAAAGAAGCUUUGAAUUUUAUUUUGAAAUAUAUACAAACUAAAUAUUUUAACAAAGAACUAAGUCUCCUUUCAGGUAACAAAAAUUUAGAAAAGAGCUCGAAGCUGAUAACUCUAUCACCAUUUUUGGACAAAAAUGGCAUCAUUAGAGUUGGAGGACGUCUACAAGAAGGCAAUAUUCCAGAAGAAGCAAAACAUCCUGCAGUACUUCCAUAUGAAGACACUUUAGUUAAAAUUUUGGUGGAGGGAAAAAAGAAUUGUUAACAAUUGCUAUAGAUGCUUCAGGGCAAAUCCUCGUCCCCUUUUUCAAAUCAUGGGUAAUUUACCAGCAGAUAGAGUAAGAUGCACCAGGCCCUUCUUGAAUACUGGGGUUGAUUUCUUGGGUCCUAUACAAAUUCACCACAAAAUAAGAGGCAAACGAGUAGAUAAAGCCUAUGUGUGUGUAUUUGUGUGUUUCAGCACAAAGGCAGUUCACCUAGAAGUGGUAUCAGGUCUAAGCUCAGCAGCUUUUAUAGGAGCCUUAAAAAGAUUUGUGGGAAGACGUGGUUGUCCUGCAAAAAUAUACUCCGACAACGGAACAAAUUUCAUUGGGGCAGCAAAUAGUUUACAUGAAAUUUAUAUAUUAUUUCAAAAGGAGCAACUCGGAAAAGAAGUCUCCUCGUUCUGUGCUGUACACAGCAUUAAUUGGGUGAAUAUACCAGCUCGAUCUCCACACGUAGGAGGGUUAUGGGAAGCUGCUGUUAAAUCGGUUAAGAAGCAUUUUCACAGAGUAGUUGAAGGCACAUUGACCUUUGAAGAGAUGUGCACACUCAUGACCCAGAUAGAAGCAGUAUUGAAUUCACGACCUCUAACACCAUUAUCGGAGGAUCCGAAUGACUUCCAGGUUUUAACUCCAAGUCAUUUUCUUAUAGGGGAGACUUUAACCACACUUGCAGACAGUAGUGAAAACCAUUGUUAUCACGGGGUGCGGGACCACUGGAAAGCAGUGGAAAGAAAUUCAAAGGAAUUUUGGAAGCGCUGGUCACUGGAGUACCUAAGCGAACUUCAGAAAAGAGUCAAGUGGCAAAGGCCACAAGAUAACUUACCCCAAGGGAGUUUAGUUCUCCUUAAGGAAGAAAAUCUUCCAACAAUGACUUGGAGAAGGGGCAGGGUUGAGAACCUCAUCAUCGGAAAAGAUGGAAAAUGCAGGAUGGUAGACGUAAGGACCAGCACUGGAAUGACAAAAAGAUCAAUAACCAAUGUUUGUCCUUUUCCUACGGAAACGGAAAGAAAUAUAAGUAAAAAUGAGGAAUCCCAUAAGAAUAGGAAUGUAAGGCAUAAAAAUAAAAAUGUUCUAAUGACGAUGUUAACCUUUUUAUUAGUACUACCACUCUACAAUUGUCAAGUAAUUAUAGAAAAAUUUAGGGACAAGUCAGGGAUAUUAAUAGAGAGGCAAGACAGUUUGGGUUUGACGAAGACAUCAUGGGAAAUAAUCAUCCACGUGAACAUGACGGAUUAUCAGCACCAAAUACAGCUUCUAAUGGGAACACCCUCGGCUCUACAAAAACUCGCCAAGCUACUGGACAAGGGAGACUCAGAAUCUCAAAAGGUAGUUGAGACCUUAGUUAAUCAGGUCAUUCAUCGCAUUAAAGAAGUCAACCAAAAGGAUGCACUGAUGAGAUUUAAUGGAAGAAAUAGAGCAUCUAGGUCUAUACUGCCAUUCGUUGGAAGCGUGUAUCAUUCAGUGUUUGGUCUAAUGGAUGAAGAACACGCAGAUGAAUUGGUGGCGACAAUAAAAAGGACCCAUAAAAAUGAAGAAUACUUGCUUAAGCUAUACCAGAAUCAAUCCUCCAUUGAAGACAUAACGCAAGAGGUUUUGAAGAAACAAAAUGAAGUUGUUCGAAAUAAUUUUAACCAAAUAUCGGACUCCAUACAAAUAAUAAAGAAAGCGGCUGAAAAUGAAUUAGCAAUGGAAGGCUUUCAAAACUAUAUAGCAAGCAUUAACAUUGCAAUAGAGUCAAUAGAGCAACUGCAAGGAGAUAUUACGGAUUUGAUUUGGAACUCAAAGGGAAAUUUCAUGAAAAGGAUUUUACCUAUCGACAGAUUCCAAACCCAAAUAGCAACAAUUACGGCAAAUUUAAAUGAUGACUUACAAUUGCCAGAUACCGACCCGUUUGAGCUAUCAAAAAUAUCACGGGUCACAGCCACUAUAAACCAAGGCUUCUGUUUAGUGCGAAUUCAAAUACCACUUAUACAAAGCCAACAGCUACAGUUAUUUGCAUUGACCAGUUAUCCGAUUCUGCACGACGGCUACUUCGUGAGCUUUAAACUCGCAUAUGAAUAUCUGGUAGUAAAUAAGGAGAAAUCAAUGUAUAGUAGCCUGACAGAAACUAAAUAUUCGUAUUGCCAGAAAAUGAGAAGAAUCACGCUGUGUCCCCAAAUUGGACCACUCUACAAUGUAAGAAAGGACCAGUCGUGCGAACUAGAGCUAUUCUUUAAUUCGAAGCAAUUACCAUUAUCAUGUGUGGUGAAUAUAAUGCCUCUGCAAGAAGUUUGGUUGCAGCUUAAAUCCUCAAAUAGCUGGCUGUACUCCGUCCCUGAAGACACAAAGGCAGAAGUCAGUUGCGGCAGCUCUUAUACGGCACAUAUUUUAGUUGAGCAAGGCAUUGUAAAACUGCAACCUGGCUGCCACUUAACAACCGCGAUAGUAAGCGUUUGGGCACACAAGGCACCAACCACUGUUAUUCAGUACAAUAUGCCCCCAAUUAAUAUGAGCAGGAGUUUACCGCUCAUGAAGCACAUUACUAUAAAAGGGACUAUGUUGACAUACUCGAUUCCGGACAUUCCGCGGCCACCAGCCAUUGUUGAUUUCUCAGAAGACAUCGAUUUCCACCACCUGAUGCACUACAGCUCGAAUAUAUCAACUUGGAUCAUUAUCGCAGGAGUCAUCAUGGGAAUGAUCGUCAUCUUUCGGAAGCUAUGUGGUCUCUCAACACGAUAUCUUCCCGCUGCUCUGGCCCUUAGAUAAUAGAAUAGUCGAUAAGAAUAAAUAAGUACAUAAAUAUAAGUACAGUAGGUUGAAUAUUGAGUGGAUUCCUCACAACUCCUAUUUGAAUAAGAAAUAGUUCACCUUUUUUGAAAGUAAAUACUUUCAACGUGGGCAAUAUGUUAAGUCUUGUUGCACAAGUCUUAAGAUUAGUUACGCACACUCAUAGGGCACACAUUUAGGAUGCGCAUGUCCUCAGCAUGUGGUAACGAUUGUAAGGCCGAUAAGUAGAACAAUAGAAAGUAGCAAUUGUGCGCACGUGCAACGGCAUUGUACACAUACAUACAUAGUGCACAUGCGCACAACAUGACCUAAGGGUUGUUUAGUUGGCAAUUAUAGACAUUACAAUUCAGUGCCAGGGUGUAUGGGAAUAGUCACGUAUGCAUUUCUUAAAUGUUAUGAAAUGCGAUUGGCUUAAAAUGCAAGUGAAACCGUAUACUAUUUUUAUUACUUCCUGGCACUGUCGGUUUAAGUGUUUUUCUAGAUAAGUUAUACAUACCUACUACAUGUGUAGUGCAACACACAUGUUUUAGAUAUACUAUGGUUAGGGUAAGAAUUGUGUAUGUGUAGGUUAAGAGUUUUUGUUAUAAAUAAAGGCUCUGGGACACCAGAGCGUCAGUUAUCUACCAAACCCCCGCG